AUGCCGACGGCGACGCGACGCGCUUGCGUCGUCACCGCCUUCGUCCUCGCGUGUAUCGCGGCGUCGCUUCCGCACGCGCGCGCGUUCGAGAGCGCGAACGUCAAAGAGCGCGAAGAUGAAAAAACAUCAACUUCAAACAAAGUCGAGCUCCGCUCCUUCUUCGACGCCCGGGACCUGAGCGCGCACGCGCUGGAGCAAUCGUCACACAACGCCUUACAUCGAAUCGACGGGACGCGCGUGAACGCGGUUGACGGGAGAGUGUUGGCGACGAGCGGGUUUGAGAUUCGAGUGAACGCGAGCUCGGUGGCUUCGGGCGAGCGGGUGACGGUGACGGUGUCGUCGAACGGGAACGCGCCGAACGCGACGUUCGCGGAGCAUUGGAUCGGAGCGUACUCCCCGGCCGGGGCGGACGUGACGAGGACGGCGCCAGUGAAGUACGCGAUGUUGACGAAUGUCACGAACGGAGAGUACGAGCGAACCGGGAGCGGUUCGGCGGCGUUCGAUUUGACGACGCAUCGCGCGGAGACGUACGAUUUCGUGCUCUUCGCGACGCGAAUGAGCGAUUUGAGUGAGACGAGCGCGAUGGCGAUCGCGAGAAGUGAUCCAGUGAAGCUCACGAACGCGCUCGAUCCGGUGUGGCCCAGGGUGACGCUUCCGAUUGGAUGGAAUGGUGGUUCAGCGCGCGUGACGUGGCAGUCGGGACGUAACGCGAGUCAUGGCGCUCGUUUGAUGUAUCGUGUCGGUGGUGGCUCGUACACGCGCGUGCCGGCGUCGACUACGACGUACGACGAGCGCGAUUUGUGCGGCGAGCCCGCCAACGGUUUCGGUUAUCGGCAUCCCGGCUACAUUCACUCGGCGGACGUCUCAAACGUGCGCCCGGGAGACGUGAUCGAGUACUUCUUGCAAGAUUUCCACGUCACGAGCGAUCGAUUCGAAAUGAAAAUGCCCCCUGGAGAAGGACCGGAUGCGCGCGUCACACUCGCGCUCUUCGCCGACAUGGGUAGAGGUACGUCGGACGACUCGGAGACAUGGAGGGCGUACGGUCGACCAUCCAUCAACGUCAGCGCGGCGCUCGCCGCGGAUGCGCUGGACGAAAAGUUUGACGCGGUUUUCCUCUUCGGGGAUCUGUCCUACGCCACCGGUUUUGCGUCCAUUUGGGAUGACUGGGCGGCGCAAAUUGAACCGUGGGCGUCGAAAGUGCCUUUCAUCUCAAACAUGGGAAACCACGAGAUGGAUUAUUCCUCUUUUCCGGACGGUCGAAUCGCUGACCUGUACGGUGGGCGAGACAGCGGUGGCGAGUGCGGUGUUCCAGCGACGCGCCUGUAUCCGACGCCGCGCGCGGGUCCAGACUCGGAUUGGUUUGCGGUUACGUUUGGCGCCGUUCGCGUCGUGAGCAUGAACACCGAGGUGGACUUUUCGCCAUCCUCGCCUCAAGGGAAGUGGCUAGAACGCGAACUCUCGAGCGUCGAUCGCACUCAAACGCCGUGGGUGAUUCUCGGCGGGCACAGACCUGGUAUUAUCGACAGCACGGACGGUCCGGAUGAUCGAGACGUGGUGCCCGGAAAGCGCAAUCCGAGCGACUUAUCAGUCAUGGACGAGCUACAGCGCGACGUGUGGCCUCUUUUGGUGAAGUAUGAGGUCAACGCGGCGUUUUGGGGGCACAAUCACGCGUACCAGCGCUCGUGCGCUUGGCGAGCGAUCGGCGAGGGGCUGUUUAACGCCUCCAAUGGAUGCGUCGCGUACAGCCGACUCGGUUCAGACGGCGUCGCCGUGUACGACAAACCGGGCGCGCCGGUGAGCUUGCUCGUCGGCACGGGCGGGGCGAAGCACACGCGAAACGGCGUCGGACACGCGUUCACGGAGAAGGCAUUCUACGAGUUUGGGUACGUGCGGCUCACCGCGCACAACAGAACGCACCUGUACGGCGAAUAUCAGGAGGCGGGUUCGGGAUACGGCGAUGUCCUGGACAAGUUUAUGAUUAUCCAGCCGGUCCGAGUGUCAACGACCGGUGACGAAGACGAAGCGGUAUUGUCUGCAAGACUCGAGCGCGCGUUAUCCGAGGUGAAGACGUGGCGAGGCGCGGCGACCAUCAUGGCUGUCUUCGUCUGCGCCACGUUCGGCAUCGGCGCGUUCGCGAUGGCGAGACAGUGGAAGACGGAAUCCACCAGGCACAGAUUUUCGAUUUUGACCUCCACGAUGGACGACGGCGCAUUAUAG